AUGAGAGAGCUGGGUGUCGACCUCUUCGAACCCCGGACGCUGAUGGAUUCUGAUUUCUCUCGGACGAGGAAUAGUGGCUCUGUUUUAUCUAGCUUUUUCUCUAAAGGUGUUAUUUCUGAUUUAGACGUGUUUGGUUUCCUUCCUCCUGGGAUGUUGGCAGUGGUUGAAGUUAUUGGGCAAAGCGCAGAGCAAGUGCUAAACUUGAAUGUUCCAGAUGCAUAG